GGAAAGAGUUCCUGGCUGCCUGUUUGUAUCCCUGAGUCACCACAGACCCCCGCCCUCCAACGUGGGAUGUUAACCUUGGAGCAAUAUGGAGAUUAGCUGCAGAGCUGAAGCAGAGUCCCAAAGGAGCUUCAGUUCUGCAGAAUCUACACAGCCUACUUUACCAUACAUUGGCCAGAUGCUAGGGCUCGGGACGUCCAAGCUGACAACUGGAAUCCCUCAAGGAGUCACUCAGGAGCAAGCUGUGACCAGUCGGAGGGAGUGACACAUCUGCGCUCAGUUCCUCCUCACCGUCCUCACCUCCUUCUCACGUGCUUGCGGGCUGUUCGGCAGAAGUGAGCCCCGUGGCUCUGCCAAAGACAAGCCUGUUGCGUUUACAGAAGGGAAAAAAAAAAAAAAAACCAACAAAACCAAAAACCCAAACAAACCUCGGGCAAAGUGACGGCAUUGAAAUCGUUACCCUGAAGAAACUGCGCGGAGAAGUGUGCAAAGAUGAAUGGACCGGUGGAUGGCUUGUGUGACCAUUCUCUAAGUGAAGAAGGAGCGUUCAUGUUCACAUCAGAGUCGGUCGGAGAGGGACACCCGGACAAGAUCUGUGACCAGAUCAGUGAUGCCGUGCUGGAUGCCCAUCUGAAGCAGGACCCCAAUGCCAAGGUGGCCUGUGAGACGGUGUGUAAGACAGGCAUGGUGCUGCUCUGCGGCGAGAUCACCUCCACGGCCACGGUGGACUACCAGCGGGUGGUGAGAAGCGCCAUCAGGCACAUUGGCUAUGACGACUCUGCCAAGGGCUUUGACUUCAAGACCUGCAACGUGCUGGUGGCUCUGGAGCAGCAGUCCCCGGAUAUCGCCCAGUGCGUACAUCUGGACAGGAGUGAGGAGGACGUCGGGGCCGGAGACCAGGGUUUGAUGUUCGGCUAUGCCACCGAUGAGACGGAAGAGUGCAUGCCCCUCACUGUUAUCCUCGCUCACAAACUCAACGCCCGGAUGGCAGACCUCAGACGCUCCGGGGUCCUCCCCUGGCUGCGGCCUGACUCCAAGACUCAGGUGACAGUUCAGUACACCCAGGACAAUGGCGCGGUCAUCCCCGUGCGCAUCCACACCAUCGUCAUCUCCGUACAGCACAACGAGGACAUAACCCUGGAGGACAUGCGCAAGGCCCUAAAGGAGCAGGUGAUCAAGGCCGUGGUGCCCGCCAAGUACCUGGACGAAGACACCAUUUACCACCUGCAGCCCAGCGGGCGGUUUGUCAUUGGCGGUCCCCAGGGGGACGCGGGCGUCACUGGCCGUAAGAUUAUCGUGGACACCUAUGGUGGCUGGGGGGCGCAUGGUGGCGGGGCCUUCUCUGGGAAGGACUACACCAAGGUGGACCGCUCGGCAGCGUACGCAGCCCGCUGGGUGGCCAAGUCCUUGGUGAAAGCGGGGCUCUGCCGGAGAGUGCUCGUGCAGGUUUCCUAUGCCAUUGGUGUGGCUGAGCCACUGUCCAUUUCCAUCUUCACCUACGGAAGCUCUCAGAAGACAGAGAGAGAGUUGCUAGAUGUGGUCAAUAAGAACUUUGACCUUCGGCCUGGUGUCAUCGUCAGGGAUUUGGAUUUGAAGAAGCCCAUCUACCAGAAGACGGCGUGCUAUGGCCAUUUCGGAAGAAGCGAGUUCCCGUGGGAAAUUCCCAAGAAGCUUGUGUUUUAGAGCUGGUGGGAGUGGGGCCGGGCCUGGCCCUGAAGGCAUCUGGGUGGCCUGCUUCCUCUUCUUCAGCAUCCCAGCUCUCACAUGUCCCAGACCCAGGGCUCUGACUGCCCUCCCAGGGAGUGCCUUCCCACCCCCCACCCCCUCCUGGACCAAGCCACAUUCCUAGGGUUAGCCCUGUGCUGUCAUCACUGUGAAUGGCAGGAGGCUUGCUGGUGCUGGGGGUCACAUCUCCUCAGGAGGGUGGUCACAAUGUUCCCCUGCUUUUCCCUCAGACCUAGGCCAUGUUCAUUUAGUGGAAAAACCAUCCCUAUCAAGAGUAAAUCCCCUCACUCACCUCCCCCGUGAGCGGUCCGCUCCUCCCUCACAGAUCUCAGGGAUCCUGGGUGUGCCGGGUCAGCCCUUCACAUCUGUGGCCUGUGUCCUAAGCCAGGGCCUUCACAGAGGCCUCCCGGGCUAGGCAUCUGGCCAAGGUAGGAACAGGGGCUGACAUCUCCUAAGCAUCUACAAAUGUGUGAGGGACUGAGCUAAUUACUGAUCUCAUUUCUUCUUCACUGCAACAUGAUGAGGUUAACACCUCAUUCCCACUUCUAUAGGGGGAAACUGAGGCACAGACUACGUAGGUAACUUCCCCAAGGUCCUAUAGCCACACGUGUCAGGACCUAGACAUGAGUCCCGGAGCUCUGACUCAGGAACCCGUACACCCCCCAGCCCCGUUGCCAUCUCAUGCCAGAUGCAGGCCUGAGCAAUGACAAAGCAG